UAAAUGCACAAACUUUCGCAAAAUUGUGCUAACCGUGACGUUAUUCUAGUCUGAACGGCUGAACGAGUAGUGUACGAAAUUGUAGUAAAACAUGGGCCCGUACGUGUUAUGUGUUGUUAUUUUACAAUUGUGUGUUUCUGAGUGCCUAUCGGCUAGAGAUUUCUCACGGGUACUUCCCACAUGCACAACACCCGAUUGCGUAAAAGCGGCGAGUGAGAUUAUGCACUACAUUGAUCAAAAUGUGAAUCCAUGCGAUGACUUCUAUGAAUUCGCAUGUGGUACAUUUCUGAACAACGUCCACUUGAAAAAUGAACCUUUAAUAAAUGUAGAAACAAUCAUGCGCGAUAAUUACCUCAGUCGCAUAAGAGUGAUAAUGCAAGAGCCUGUUCUUCAUAACGAUUCCAACUCAAUGAUUAUGGCCAAGAAGAUGCACGAAGCCUGCAUGAAUCCCAGUUCAAGCGAAAAUGGUGUUAAACUAAUAGAAAAUACAUUGCGGCAGAUAGGCGGAUGGGCGGUUUUAGAAGAAGACGAUUGGGAUGAUAGCUACUUUCACUGGGCAGGAGCAAGCUAUUUGUUGAGAAAAAUGGGAUUUCCGCACGACUACUUAGUUAAAGUCAGCGUGAGUGAGGAAAAUGGAGAAACUGCCCAGUUAGAGAUCGGCAAUCCGUGGAGUUAUAUUAACUUACACACUCCGGAAGAGGAAGAUUUAUUACACGAUUACAUGGUGGAUAUUGCCAUUGCAUUUGGAGCAGAUCCCGAAGCCGCCAGAGGCGAUUACGCGGAUGUUAUUGAUUUAAUCAAGAACCUUAUGGGUAUAGACAAUUAUUCAGGUGAAGAUCCCAUUGUCGACGAUGAUGUUAAGAGGGCAUAUUUAACGAUAUCAGAAUUGGAAGAGAAAUUUUCGGAUGUGGCAUGGUCGGAACUGCUUGAAAACCUUUUGGAGCCUGUCGUAAAGAUGAACGUAGACCAAGUAAUAUUAGUUACAGAUAUGCCGUAUUUAUACUCCUUAGAGGCUGCACUUAAAAAUACAUCAGAACGAACCUUGAACAAUUUCAUAGCGUGGAGAUUGAUAAUUGAACACAGUAAUAUCCUUACCAACGACCUGGCGGAGAUUUCGCGAAAGUUUUACAAAGAACUAAAUAAGCAAGUAACUGUACCUACUCUUUCUCCGAUUAAUAAGAUGUGCUCAGGAAUUGUGGAAACAAUAUUUUCACUCUCACUGCAAGCAGCGUACGUACAAAGAUUCGUUUCACAGGCAACCAGAGAUGACGCUGCGGAUAUAUUAGAAAAUAUCGUGAAGGAAUUCGUGGAGGAAAUUAAUGAGUUACAUGGGAUGGAUGACGAGACACGAAUUAGCGCAAUUGACAGAGUAGUCAACAUCACAAGCUACGUGGCCUAUCCUGAUGCCAUGCUAGACGCCGAUCAAAUUGAAGAGCGUUACUUGGGGUACCAAAUUUCUGAUGACAACCUACUAGCGUCUCUGUUAAGCGUGAACUACCAUAAAGUAAACUCGUACUUUAGUAAACUCAACAAAGGUGACAACGAAGUGGAAGCUAAUGGAGGCGAAAUUAACGAAAAGUACACAACUUACGGUAUCGUUUAUUACUUAGCCAGCGAUAAUUCGAUAACUAUUCCACAUCGAAUGUUACAAGAUAUUGUAUAUAAUGAAGAUCGACCCAAGUACCUAAACUACGGAAGUUUGGGCUCCUUUAUUGGUCACCAAAUAUUCCACUCCGUCUUUGAAGGUUCCCCUAUUCGACAAGAAUCUGAAUACUACCACUGGAUGUCACCAGAAUCGCGCAGCGAGUACCAGAAAAAAUUGGAUUGCGUAGCGGAAAGCUAUGAACGCUUCUACGUACCGGAAAUUGAGCGACAUGUUAACUCAACGAAUACAAAGCAAGAGGACAUCGCAGACAUUGCUGGCGUUCAACUUGCAUACAAAGCGUAUAAAGAAUGGAUCGAUCGCAAUGGUAAAGAAAAAAAAUUACCCAAACUCGAUUACACGCCGAAACAACUAUUCUGGAUAUCGUCAGCGAUAAGGUUUUGCUCAAAGGGUUCACCUGAAACCAUCGAAAGGGCUGUGAAGCAUAGUUAUCAGUCCCUUAAACGAUUUAGAGUGUUGGGAUCUUUGCAAAAUUCAAAGCAUUUCUCCAAAGAUUUCCAUUGUCCGGCAGAAUCAAAUAUGAAUUCGCAUAAGAAAUGUGAGAUAUGGUGAGCGUAACGUCCACCAGGUUACUUAAAUGUAGUUUUAUUUAAAAAUAUAUUGUACCAAUAUA